GCCGGGCACCGCGCCUGGCGCUGGCCGCCGGCCUCGGCUCGCUCCUGCUCGUCCUCUUCUACUUCCAGAGCAGCCUCAGCCCAGCCUCUGAAGAUAUGAGACCCACCUGGCAAGGCAAGGCUGGUCGCAGCCCACUCCAGGCCCUGUAUGAGAGUGACCAGUUUGAGCAGUCGUCCCUGCAGGCAGUUCACCAGCAGAGACGGGAGAUGUUGAGCAGUGUCUGCAGCCGUUACACCCGCAAGCGGCGGCUCCUGCAGCCGGAGGACUUGCGGCACUUGGUGGUGGACGACACGCACGGGCUGCUCUACUGCUACGUGCCCAAAGUGGCCUGCACGAACUGGAAGCGGGUGAUGAUGGUCCUGACGGGGCAAGGCAAGUACCAGGACCCGCUGGAGAUCCCCGCCCACGAGGCCCACGUCCCCUCCAACCUGCGCACCCUGGCCGAGUACAGCGUUCCCGAGAUCAACUCCCGCCUGCGCAGCUACCUCAAGUUCGUCUUUGUGCGGGAGCCCCUGGAGCGCCUGGUCUCGGCCUACCGCAACAAGUUCACGCUCAGCUACAACACGGCCUUCCACAAGUACUACGGCACCAAGAUCAUCCGGCGGCACCGGCGGGAGCCCAGCGAACGGGCCCUGGAGCGCGGCGACGACGUGCGCUUCGAGGAGUUCGUGUACUACCUGCUGGACCCGCGCACGCAGCAGGAGGGGCCUUUCAACGAGCACUGGGAGCGCGUGCACUCGCUCUGCCACCCCUGCAUCAUCCACUACGACGUGGUGGGCAAGUACGAGACCCUGGCUGAAGAUGCCAACUACAUCCUGCAGCUGAUAGGGGCCGAUACGAGCGUCAAGUUCCCGGCUUCGUCCAAGACCACCAGGACGACAGACGACAUGACGGCCAAGUUCUUCCAGGACAUUAGCCCCUUCUACCAAAGAAGACUCUUUAAUUUAUACAAAAUGGACUACUUGCUAUUCAAUUACUCCAUCCCCUCGUACCUCCGCAUCCGAUGAGGCAGGGGCUGUGGGGGAAGAGGUGGGGGAGAGCUGGAUAACUCUCAUCUUGCCACAAUUCCUCUCCUCCUACCUUGUGCUCAUCUCUGGUUGACUUCUUCCCUUUUAUCAGGGUCUGCUCCACCUCCCGAUGCCUUGUUCAUGCAUGAUCUGGAGGAAGAACACUUCUCAAAACACUGGGGCUUUUCCUUCUGUUCCUUCUCAGCCUUCAAUAUCUACAGGGAAUGGUGGCGGGACUUGACACUUCUUGCCUUGGUUGGGGACUUUCUUUUAACUAAGAAAUUUCUCUGUAGAUCCAAAUCUUGAGAAGGCUCCUUUUUCGGGCAGGAUCCCUUCAGGUCUUUCUCCUCCUUACUGGGCUGUUUGGGGGCAGGCGUGGAGUCUCAGGGGUCAGAGUGAAGUGUAUCAGAGACUUGCACAGAACCAGAAAUAAAGCAAUAAUUUAAUGUAACUUUUUCCUUUUAUUUAAAAUUGCUCCCACCUUUUCUUUUUGUCUUGUUGUUCUCUGUUCUCAUCCCACUUCCCAUGUCAUCCCCAACAGAGGUGGAAAGGAACAGAGGUGAGGUGUGUUGCUCUGACUACAUUUUUAUCCCUGGAGGCAUGUUUUGUUCCUCUCUUUCCACAUGUUCUCAGUUGAGGUGCAAAAUACACCAAAGACAGAGAGGAAAGGCCUGCAGCAGGUGCUCAGUGCUUUCCCAUGAACUACCACGGCAGGUCCUCAGUGCCUGUGUGUGCAUGUCUCUGGAUUUCUGGUCAAAUCCAUUAAAUCCAGGCCCCACACCUCCCAUUUUUUGAAAGCAGGUGAUAACAGUUGCAAAGCCAUACAGACAGCAUGGGUGCAGUGUCUGCUCUGAUGAAAUCACAUCAUCCCCAGUGUCCUGCCCAUGGCCCUGCUGGCAGUCCUGGCUUCCCUUCCCAUGACAGCAUGGGCUGCUCCUGUGUGCAGCCCUUUAUAAAAUUGUAACGUGUUUGGGGGAGCACUGGGCUGGGAUGUGGGAGAUUGCUGUGGUCAUGGAGAGGUAGCGUUGGACUGGGAGGCCAGAAAAAUCUGUGUGUGGAUUUGUGUGUGUGUGUGUCCCUGUGUGUGUGAGAGAAAAAAAAUUGAGGAUAAAAACAGGGAGAGAGACACCUAGAGGGAAACAGUCCUUUGCCUGGUUGCUUUUGGAUCAUCAUUCCUUGAAGAAAAAAACAGGGAGGAGAGGGUGAAACACAAAAGAAAAUGACAAACUGAGCCCUAGGAUUUUAAAUUAAAACCAGCCCAUAUUUCAGUCUUUCCUCUUUUCUGUUUGGCUUUGGCUUGCUGGCUGCCUUUGUAAAUAAACACACUGGUAAUA